CUGAGUAAGUUAAGAGAUGAUUAUUAUUAUUUGUUAACAAAAUAAACAGUUUAAGAACGACACUUAAUUUAUGCCCAAGCUAUUUUUAAGCAAAAACUGCUACACUUUAUCAGUUUUUAAACUGCAUACAUCCGUUUUAUGAAUCGAUUUUUGGCAGGCCUACUUAGUUUACGUACUCAUAAAUAAUUAUAAGCGAAAUGCACUUAAGCCCCCGCUAGAAAUAACCAUCAGAAAGCGGCCGAAGCGGAGUGGCUUCCUGUAAAUUAUUGAGUAAUUAUAAUGUAGUAAUUAGGUCAGUUGAGGGAACCGCGUCACCUGCUGUCCCUCCUCCGGCAGUCGGCCACCUGGGCCACGCAAUCACCUGCGAACGGUCGACGGGAACGGAGCUUUCGCCAUGGACAACGGACUAACCGAUGCCACGCCCACCGCCGCCGCCUUCCGGCUGGUGCUGCUGAGCAAAUCGAAUCCGGUGAUGGGCUGCUACAUGUUCUGGACCAGUCUGUUGGUGCUCAAGAUGCUGGUAAUGUCGCUGCUCACGGCUCGCCAGCGGAUGAAGACCAAGACCUUUGCCAAUCCGGAGGAUUUGCGACUCAGUCGGAGCACGGAGGUUCGGUUCGGGGAUCAAAACGUGGAGAGGGUGCGACGAGCCCAUCGCAAUGAUUUGGAGAACAUUCUGCCCUUCCUUUUCAUGUCGCUGGCUUAUGUGGCCAGCGGACCGAAUCCGCUGACCGCCCGUCUGCUCAUCCGGAUCGGAGCCAGCGCCCGGCUGCUCCACACGCUGGUCUACGCAGUGAUCCCGGUGCCGCAGCCGGCCAGAGCCCUGGCCUUCUUCACCACCUUCGCCAUCACCUGCUUCGAGGCGGGCUACGUGCUCAUCUGCUGUAUUAAGUACAUUUAGAGCCC